CAACACCAGCAGUUGCAAUACUAGGGACUGCAACAUCAACGAGUGCAGCAUCGUCAGUAAUAUAACAACAACAACAACACUGAAGACAGGUGCAACAGCAGCAGCAAUAAUAUGACAACAGCUGCAACAACUGUGGCAACAGAACAGCAGUGAAAACAACAAUGACAAUAACAGCAGCAGCAGCAGUAACAACGGCAACAACAACAACAACAACACUGACAGGUUUCCCAUGAGAAACUUGAAACUGAGAGCCAGCAGUAGCAGGAUCAACAUCGUCCAUAUCUUGUACAGCAGUGACGGCAACAACAACAACAAGCGUAGCAGCAGCAACGACAGUGACAGUAGCAACAGCAGCAGUAGUGACAGUAGCAGCAGCAGCAGUAGUACUAGUAUUGGUAGCCGUAGUAGCAGUAGUCGCGAUCUUGGCAGCAAGAUAAUGACAACAUCAACAGCAAUGUCGGAGAACCUGCUGCAAAACCAAUACGAAGCAGUUUUCGUUUUGGCAAACGAAGGUUUGGAAGGUUUCUACACAUAUUUAGAAACGAACAAUAUUCCUUUAUUCCUGAGCGACGAGGAAGAGAAAUAUUUCCAAGAUCAGGGUAGUAUCUCGGCGAGUGAACGACUACAGUUCAUCUUAAAAACCAGUCGAAUUCAUCAAUGGACAGGUCAGUCUGGACUUAAGAUUCAAGCUCAGUGUGGUGUCGUUGAUGAUGACGAGGAUGAUGGUGAUGGUGAUGGUGAUGUUAGGGUGUCUGAACUUAUAGACGAUGGAAAUAGAGUUGGAUAUAGUAGCGAUGGACAGGUUCAGGACAAGAAGACUGAAGACAAAGACGUUGGCGACGACAGCGAUGCGGUGGUAACCCAAUCUAAUUCAAGCAGCGAUGACAAGCAAGAAGAUACGACAGAUAGCCGUUUCAAUCCGUAUGCAUUUGUGCCAGGUUCCAGUCCACAUCGGAUACCCCCAACGUUGCCCAAGAUUGAAGUUUGUGUGUUGUUUCAGCCACCUCUAUUUGACUCUAUGCCCCAUAUUCACGAUGUCAUCUUAGAUACCAUUCGCCAAGCCAGAUUCUCUAUCAAAAUCGCCAUGUACCUUUUCACUGACAUCUUCAUAUAUAACGCCCUGUGUGAGGCAGCAUCGAAUGCCCUGGUCACAGUCGAUAUACUCCUGGAUGCCACACAGGUGGACAAAUUUUUGGAGAUGCUGGGUAAGAACGGUCUGAUCAUACCAGAAAAGGUGAACAUCUGUCAGAACAGUGGUACAGGACCGUACCAGAGAAAAACCGGAGCAACAAUGGGCAUUGCGCAUGAAAAGUUUCUUAUUUGUGAUGAAAGCACAGCCAUUAUCGGAUCCUACAACUACACCUGGUCAGCUGCUCAUAUCAACCGCGAAAAUGUCAUCGUCAUUCGAGAAGCCAAUCACCCCAUCAUCAAGUCGUUAAUUGAUGAAUUCACCCGAUUGCAAGAAUCGUGUAUCCUCAUUGGUUGAUUAUUAUUAUUAUUAUUAUUAUGUUUAUGUUUAUCAUUAUUAAUUUCAUUAUUAUUAUUAUUAUUAUUAUUAUUACACAUUUUUCAUAUUUUUUUUUUUAAUCUUACAUUUAAAAAAAAGUCUUUACAUGCAUAUUUCUUUUAAACAAACGACAAAUUAUAUUAGAGGCUUAAAGUGUAGCCUUAUUUUUAAUCAUCAUACACAUACAUACAUGCAUUCACUCAUGUAUAUAUAUAUGUAUAUAUAUAUAUAUAUAUAUGUAUAUAUAUAAGCUCAUCAGAAGACAAGCUAUAUUAGAGGCUGCAAGCUAGUCUUUUCUUUUAUUACAAUGCAUACAAACUUACAUGUAUACAUACAUUCAUACUUAUACAUAUAUACACACCAGAUUGGAGCCUGGUGUAGCCAUCUGGUUUCUCCAGUCCUCAGUCAAAUCGUCCAACCCAUGCUAGCAUGGAAAGCGGACGAUGACAUACAUAUAUAAAUACAUACAUACAUACAUAAGUACGUAUAUAUAUAUAUAUAUAUAUAUAUAUAUAUAUAUAUAUAUAUAUAUAUAUAUAUAUAUAUAUAUAUAUAUAUAUAUAUAUAUAUAUGUGUGUGUGUGUGUGUGUGUGUGUGUGUAAGGCAAAAAAGCAUGAAGAAGUCAAUGCCAUAAAUUUGGAUACGAUGAGAUUAAAGUGUGAUCUGUUGAAUGCUGUCUGCAAUAAAUUCUUUUAUUGAAAUUUCAUUUAAAGUAAAGAGAAGGUAAACAAGAACCUAGUAGUAAUUGUCAGUGACUAUCAAAGGAAAGGGGAGAUAAUCUCAAACUAUCAAGUUCAUUUACAUACACAGAGAAAGGAUAGUCUGAUCUGUGUAAGUGAAGGGGAACUUUGGACAUAUGUUUUGGUAUAUAUGACUUCAUCGGUCCAGUAUUGUCUACAGGAAUACUCAGAACUGUGGUGGACUCAGUUGUUUUAAAUGUAGAAAAUAAGCUACAUAUAAUUUUAGCCAGGAAUUAUGUGUGCAUGUGUGUGUGUGCGUGUAUAUAGUUCAAAAUGUUUAUUCUUAUGUAUAUAUUAUAUAUGUAUAUAAGUGUGUGUGUAUAUAUAUAUAUAUAUAUAUAUAUAUAUCAUGUAUAUGUGUAUAUGUAUAUAUGUGUAUACACACACAGACACACUCACACACACACAUGUAUCUGUAUAUACAUAUUUGGGUUGUCAGAUAAAUUCGUUUGUUUUCCCCAUUUAUUUUGAGUUUUAUCUUCAAUCAACAAUUUAAACAAAUCUGUCAAUAAGCUUCUUUUCUCCUUCAUUGUUCACAACUUCUUGACACAGUUCCACUAACUCAUCAAUGUCUUGACACCAGGAACCAUUGGGUCUUGACUCAAAAAUUUCACUGAGCCACAUGCUUUCAGCUUCACAUUGCUGUUGGACAAAAUGCCUUGCUGACUGUUUUAGGGCAACUGGAAAAGGUGAUUAUCUGAAGGCCCUACAUCAAGAGAAUAUGGUGGAUGUGAUAGAAUUUCUCAAUGGAACUUUUGAAUAGCAUUUUUGAUAAGAUUAUGGAGACAAGGACAAGUGUUGUUGUGUCAAAAAGGCACAGCAUGUCACCAGUUGGGUCAUUUCAGCUUGGUGACCUUGUUCAGCUGAUUGGUUCAUUUUCUAAACAUAAAACUCUGCACUGACUGUGUUGUUGUUUCCCAAUAUUUCAUAGUGGAUUAGCCCUUCCUAAUUCUAUCAAACACAGAUUAUUGUUUCGCUCUGGCUUGUUUCGAGGUGUUGCUUCCUUUUUGGGACUCAGCCAGGCUUCUUUCUGCUUCAGAUUAACAAAAAGACACUGUUUUUCAUUGAUAAUAAUGGUGUGGUAAAGAAAUUCUGUGUCCAUGAGAGUGAGCAAACUGGUAGUGAUAGAGAAGCACUAAAGUUUGUCUUUUCCAUUCAGAGCAUGUGAUUCCCUUGCACCGAGUUUUUGGACCUUCUCUUUAUGUAAAGGCGACAGGUGACCGUAUCAUGAGAGCAUCCCAGCUGUUAGACUGAUUCCUUGGAGAAUUGGCACAGGUCCUCGUGGAUGAGUUUGUUCAAUCAAUCUUCAUUGAACUGAACUAGGAGAGUCAGUAGUGUACAAUUUCCCCUGUUUGAAGCAUGAAAACCAUUUCUGUGCAGUUCUUUGAGUAAGAGAGCCUUCUCUAUAUACAGCACAGACUGCUUUGGAACUUUAAUUGAAAGCCAAGAGAAGCAGACGUCGAAAAUGCGUGGGAUUUUUUUUUCUAUUUGGUGCUCCAUCGAUUUUAGUCUGAAAACAGGUCAAAUUUAUUCAAAUUUCAAAAACGAUAGGCAAAAGUUGUAGAAAAACACUAUGAUAAAAAUAUCUUCUGUUUAAUUCAAAUAACAUAAAAAAAAAGAAACAAAUGUAUUUAUUCAGCAACCCAAUACAUACAUACGUAUGUAUGUAUGUAUGUAUAAAUACACACACACACAUAUGCAUGUACAUAUAUAUUUGUAUAUAAAUAUGUUAUAUAGACAGUAGAAAAAUGGAAAAACAAUUUACCAAAAUAACAAUUGAUUGAAUUAAUAAUUUCAAACGAAUCAAUGACUAAUCAAUCAGUAUCAAAUAUUCAAUUAAUUUCUGAUUAAAAAAGGUUAUAUUGUGUCAUUUCAUUAAAAUGGUUCUUAUUAUUGGUGAGCUGAUGGAAUCAGCACACCAGACAAAGUGCUUAGCACCAUUUCUUCUGUCUUUAUGUUCUGAGUUCAAAUUCUUCAGGGGUAGAAUUUACUUUUCCUCUUUUCAGGGUCGAUAUAAUCAGCUAAACCCCUCCUCCAAAAUUUCAGGCCUUGUGCCUAAAAUGGAAAGGAUUAUUACACUAUCUAAAACUAGAUGCUUAUGUGCUGAGUUCAAAUCUAGUGAAAGUUGAUUUUGCUUUUCAUUCCACUGUGGUUGAUAUCAUAAAGUACCAGUCAAGUACUAGAGGCCAUUGAUGUCAGCUAGAACCCCCCUCCCCUCGAAACUGGCAGCUUUGUGUCUAAAUCAGAUUCCAUUGUUAUUAUUACAAUGUAAAAACUGGAGUAGAUCGUGUUUGUGUUUGUGUGUGUGUCACGUUUAAGUUUCCUGGCUAAAAAACUGCUGUUUUCACAUUGUAUACACACCCACCCACACCUGCACACACAUACACACACACACACACAUACAUACACACACACACAUGCACGUUUUAAUAAAAGACAGUUAUUUCAAUAAAAUGCAACAUUACAACACUUUAC